UUUGUUUACUUUAACAGGGUUGGUAAUGGAACACUGGAAACAGCUGAUAUUGAUUGUUGUUCUGAAAUAGUGAAGAGCAAAGCUUUAACAACAACUCCACAUUGUUAUUGUUUCUAAUAUGGCUCCAGUCAAGGAUCGUGUAAAAAAACAUAGAGAGAAAACAAAAAAAGAUCCAGAGAAGUGGGAGGCUCUCAAAAAGAAAGAAAGGGAAAGAGACAAGUUACGAAGAUUGAAGAAAAAGGAAAUCUUAAAAACUAAUCCCCAAUUGCAGCAACAGGUCAGAAAUAAAGUAAAUGACAGAGUCAAAGCUCACAGGGAGAGAAAGAAACUUCUUGCAUCUGCUGAAUCAACGAGUAAACCAACGGAAUCACCAAUAGGAACUUACAAUUCCCCUCGGACUUUUGGAAAAGCUGUGAAUAAAGUUAAACGUAGCCUCCCAAAUAGCCCACACAAGAAAACUGCAGUCCUAAAAAAACUUGUAAGUGAUGUAAUUGGCAUUGAGUCUUUGGUUUCAAGCACACGAAAAGUAAAACAUGCACAUGUAACUGCAGAAAACAGAGCUCUUGUCGUGGAAUUUUUCUGUCGAGAUGACAUAAGUCGCCAGACUCCUGGUAUCAAAGAUGUUAAGACAAUAAGAAAAAAAGGUGAACAGAAACAGAAGUUGCAAAAACGGUUCAUGGUGAUGACUGUGGGAGAGGCGUACGAGGAAUUUAAGAAAAGGUUUCCAGAUGUGAAUAUCGGCAAAUCUAAUUUUUUCUCUUGGCGGCCAGAACAUGUAUGCUUAGUGUCUGACAUGCCUCAUGAUGUUUGCGUCUGCAAAAUUCACUUCAAUUUCAUUAACUUAUUGGAAUCAAUUCACAAAGGAAUCCCAGUUAUUCCAAGAUGUCACAAUGAAUUACUAAAACAUUUGUGCUGUGAUCCUCAAAACGAGAAUUGUAUGUAUGGAACAGCGUUGCCAGACGUCCCGCUUUUCGCGGGACGUCCCGAUUUUUAA